CCUCCCCCUCCCAGCCCGCUGCCUCACGUGGCCACGCCGGCGGGGCGCAUGCGCUCGGCGGCGGCAACGGAGGCGGUUUGUUGUGGUCGCCAUUUUUUGUUGCAUUACUGGGAAAUCCCGGCGCCGGAGCAGCCGCCGGAGUACGCCCCUUGCGCUGGGGGUGGGGGCGCAACCCGCCCGCCUGCCGCGCCCCGCCCCCAGCGCGCUUCUCCUCCUCAGCCCCAGCUUUGAAACACGCCGCGGGCCGCAGCCGCCUCCUCAGGUGGCAGCAGCACUCCACAAUGCCAGCUGCCGCCCUGCAGCCAGGUUGCCUCUCUGGGCCGCUCUCUUCCUACUGAGACAAUCAUGUCGAGCCAGCACAGCCAUGCUCCCUUCUCCAGCAUCCAGCCCAUGGCUGAGCAUCAGCAGAUCAUGCCAGACCUGGCCAUCCUGCAGAGAAGAAUCCCGCUCACUUUUCGGGACUCUGCCACAGCCCCACUACGCAAGCUGUCUGUCGACCUUAUCAAAACUUACAAACAUAUCAAUGAGGUCUAUUAUGCUAAGAAGAAACGCCGAGCCCUGCAGGUGGCACCCGAGGACACAAGCACCAAAAAGGAACGGAAAGUGCACAACGAGGGCUAUGAUGACGACAACUAUGAUUACAUUGUUCGCAACGGGGAACGCUGGCUGGAACGCUAUGAAAUAGACUCGCUCAUUGGCAAGGGAUCCUUCGGACAGGUGGUGAAGGCCUAUGACCAACAGGCUCAGGAGUGGGUGGCCAUAAAGAUAAUCAAGAACAAGAAGGCAUUUUUGAGCCAGGCUCAGAUUGAAUUGCGAUUGCUGGAACUGAUGAACCAGCAUGACACAGAGAUGAAAUACUACAUUGUGCACUUGAAGCGGCAUUUCAUGUUCCGGAGCCAUUUGUGCCUGGUGUUUGAGUUGCUGUCCUACAACCUCUACGACUUGCUCCGUAACACCAACUUCCGUGGCGUCUCUCUGAACCUCACACGCAAGUUUGCCCAGCAGCUGUGCACUGCAUUACUCUUCCUGGCAACACCUGAGCUCAGCAUCAUCCACUGUGACCUUAAGCCUGAGAACAUCCUGCUCUGCAACCCCAAGCGCAGUGCCAUCAAGAUUGUGGACUUUGGCAGCUCCUGCCAGCUGGGCCAGCGGAUCUACCAGUAUAUCCAGAGCCGAUUUUACCGCUCACCUGAAGUGCUACUGGGCAUGCCUUAUGACCUGGCAAUUGACAUGUGGUCCUUAGGUUGCAUCCUGGUGGAGAUGCACACAGGAGAGCCCCUCUUCAGUGGCGCCAAUGAGGCAGAUCAGAUGAGCCGGAUUGUGGAGGUGUUGGGGCUGCCACCCCCUCACAUGUUGGAGCAGGCUCCCAAAGCUCGGAAGUACUUUGAAAAGCUGCCUGAGGGGGGCUGGGUCCUCCGGCGGGGCAAAGAUGGCAGGAAGGACUACAAGGUUCCAGGGACACGGCGGCUGCACGAAGUGCUGGGGGUGGAGAGUGGAGGCCCAGGCGGGCGCCGUGCAGGGGAGCAGGGCCAUUCGCCUUCAGACUACCUGAAGUUCAAGGAUUUGGUGCUGCGCAUGCUGGACUAUGAACCCCGUAGCCGCAUCACCCCCUUCUACGCCCUGCAGCACAACUUCUUCAAGAAAACAGCUGAUGAGGGCACCAACACAAGCGCCAGCACCUCACCCAGCCUGGGCACGGAGCACAGCCACUCCACCAGCACCACCAGUUCUGUGUCUAGUUCUGGCGGCUCCAGUGGUUCUUCCAACGACAACCGCGGUUACCGUUACAGCAAUCGUUACUACGGCAGCAUGGGCACCGUGCAUGCAGACUGCGAGAUGCAGAGUCCUCAAGCGCCCCCUCAGCAGCAGAUGCGUCUCUGGGCCAGCGGCGACAACGAGAGUAUUCCUCACAUCUUACCUCACAAGCCCACGCCCAGCCAGGCCAUGCCAUGUUUUCCCCCGAGCGGUCACCCUCCGUACCAGCGCCCUCCACUCCCACUCUCUCCCCCGCUUCCCGAGGCCAUGGAGGUUUCUCUGGGCCCUCGCCAUCUGGACUGCAACCCCCCCGGGCUGGGCUCUUCCUCCUUGCACUUGGGCACCUCGGCCUUCCGGACUAGGACUGCUGGCGGCUCGCGCCCUGAGGGACUUGGCCUCAACUAUCCUCUCCGCGGGCGUGGGCACCGAGACACUGACGAGACUGCACUGAUGGGUGUCUGCGUGCCCCAGGGCACGGCUGCCAGCUCCUGAUGAUGGACUGGCCCGGCAGGCUAGGAGCCAGUGCCCAGCGAGAGCACUCCCUUGUUGCACCAGAGCCUGGACGGGCCAGGACUGACUGUAGGGCAGGGAACCAGUGCCCAGAGAGCACUUCUCCAUAGGUGAGAGUCUGAGUGGGCCAGGACUUGCGGUGGGAUGGGUCAGGUUGCCUGGCUGUGGCCAGUCUAGAGACCAGGUCCUGUUGCUACCUAGGACCUUGCUGCAACUGGUAAGCAUUGUUGGGGGGGAGGGGAGGGGGGAGGGGGGGAAUAGGACAGGGGGAAGCAUGUGGAGCCAGCAUCCUACCGCCCUUGCAGCCUGGAUGCCGCCUUCCCCCUUUCGGUCAGUGCUUUCUCUGACUUGUGUGGUCUUUCCUGGCCACAGCCCCUCUUGAAUCAUUCAGCGGCAUGUGGCCUGCCAGCCAUUCCCUUCCUUGGUGCAAGAGAUUUCAACAUUCUGUGCUUGGAUGGACAGUCAGACUUCUGUGCACUGCGUGGACUGAUGGGCUUGGUGGCCUAUGUGGUCCCAUGGGAAUUGCUGCUAAAAAAUUUUUCCCCUGCUUGGAAAUAAAGGGUUGCCCCAACCAGCGAAUGUU